AUGUUUUGCAUUUAUAAUAGCAUUUAAUGCAAGCAUUACUUAAUCGGUAAAAGUUUGGUUCAAAUAAAAUGAAUGAAAACAAAUGACUAUUGAAUGAAAUGUAUAUUCAAUGACACGAUGUAUGUGUGGAUACAAUCAUUGUUUGUCAUAAUAAUCACCUUUUGGUGCCUUAAUGUCAACACUUGUUUGGCCGACAGUUCCGUACUGUUCAUUGAAUCGGUGGACGGAUCGAUUGAAUCGGGAAAUUAUAGCUACUAUUCAUAUAAUGGCAACAAUAAAUUGAGACUUGUUUUGACCACUCAUUCGGGUGACGCUGACCUCUAUGUGUCAGAAGCCGACGCCAAUGGCCGCACACUUAAGCCUAAGUAUGACUUCAGCGAACACGACUUCCAGAGUGUCACGUGUGGUAAGGAUGUGAUUCAUGUGGACAAACAUAUGCGACGACCGAUCGGUAUCGGUGUUUACGGACACCCGAGUCAUGAGACAAGUCUUUUUACUUUAGAUGUGAUUGGAGUCGACUAUUUCGAUGACAACGACAGGGAUCAACACAAUAUCUAUCUAACCGAUGAUGAGCUCGACUUUUAUCAAGAGUUUUUUGGCGAACCCUUCAGGGGUUUGGAUAAUAAAGUGUCAGAUAAUAGACACAAAUCGGCGUUCAAUGCGGACAACAAACAUAAGACUGAUAAACACGACGACAAACACUCGGAAACCUGGGAUUUCUUUAUCAAUUUAUUGGCCAAUAUUUUACAUAUACUUCUUGAAGUUAUUGUUUAACACAUUUGAUCCAUUGUCUUGAAAUUUGCUUACUUUUGAAGA